AUGUAUGAAAAAGUUAGACAUUCAAAGAGAGGAAAAAAAGAACAACAACAGAAGUCCAUACAAAUUUUAGAUGAGAAUGAAAGUUUUAGACAAUCAAAGAAAGACAAAAAAGAAGAAGAACAGGAGUCCUCAGAAAAUGUAGAUCAGAGUGAAAAUUUGAGACAAUCAAAGAAAGACAAAAAAGAAGAAGAACAGAAGUCCUCAGAAAAUGUAGAUCAGAGUGAAAAUUUGAGACAAUCAAAGAAAGACAAAAAAGAAGAAGAACAGAAGUCCUCAGAAAAUGUAGAUGAGAGUGAAAAUUUGAGACAAUCAAAGAAAGACAAAAAAGAAGAAGAACAGAAGUCCUCAGAAAAUGUAGAUGAGAGUGAAAAUUUGAGACAAUCAAAGAAAGACAAAAAAGAAGAAGAACAGAAGUCCUCAGAAAAUGUAGAUGAGAGUGAAAAUUUGAGACAAUCAAAGAAAGACAAAAAAGAAGAAGAACAGAAGUCCUCAGAAAAUGUAGAUGAGAGUGAAAAUUUGAGACAAUCAAAGAAAGACAAAAAAGAAGAAGAACAGAAGUCCUCAGAAAAUGUAGAUGAGAGUGGAAACGUAAGACAAUCGAAGAGAGGAAAAAAAGAACAAGAAAAGAAGUCCUCAGAAAAUGUAGAUGAAAGUGAAAAUGUGAGAAAUUUGAAGAGGGUGAAAAAAGAAGAACAGAAGUCAACAGAAAAUGAAGAUGAAAGUGGAAAUGUAAGACAAUCGAAGAGAAGGAAAAAAGAACAAGAACAGUCACUAGAAAAUGUAGAUAAAAGAGAACAUGCUAGAAAAUCAAAGAGAGGGAAAAAAGAAGAAAAACAGAAGUCACUAGAAAAUGUAGAUGAAAGAGUAGAUAAUGUUAGACAACCGAAGAUCUAGAAAAAAGAUGAAGAUCAGAAGUCAACAGAAAAUGUAGAUGAGAGUGGUACAAGUGAGACGA